GCACAAACAGCAGUAGUUGCCUGUAAUUGUAUCUUAGUAUUGUCAAAGGCUCGUUAGUCCCUAACGACAGCCUUGGUUGGUCGCCAUGUUUCUGCCCGUCCGCACUCGGGGACAUCCUCUCUACUGUCAGCAGUAGGAGCUCUAUAUUUUCCAUACAACAGAAGCAGUCGCGACAAUGGUCGGUGGACGGUCCCUACUGGUCGUGGGCUUCAUGAGCUGCCUGGCAGUUGCCCUCGCAGGCGCAGGGCCAGCAUCAUUCAAUAUAGAUGAAUGGGAAGGCCACGAUAAGCUGCAGCAGCCGCUCCGCCAGAUACUGCAGACGAGGAACGGGACGACGCCCUCUCCGUCGCCCUCCGGGGGCGACUCCAGGGACGCUGCUCGCGUGACUGGAGCGCUGGCGCUGUACUCCUUGUUCGGCUUGUUUGUAUUUAGCAGCGUGACCACGGUUAUCAUAGGCAUCAUCGCGUCCGUGCAGUGGCCCAACCCGCGCGUGUGCUGCUACCGCACGCCGCACAGCGACACCCCCUCCUCCGACUCCUGCACCUGCUGCGCCCUACACCGACUUAACAUAGGCUUCGCUGUGACGUGGCUGGCUCUGCUGGUGCUGCUGGUGCUGGCCUUCGUCAUUUACCUCAUGGCGGCGGCGGCGGUGCUGGCGGUUGUUCACAGCGCCGUGGCGUACCGGCUGGUACGGCAGCUGAAGAUGUCGUACGCCGCCAAUGCCCAGAUGGCGCAGAUGGUGGAGGCGCGGCAGCCGGCAGCGGGCCUUGUGACGGGCGUGGUGAUCGAGCGGCCGCUGCCGGGUGUGCCGCUGCCAGGCAUUGCCGUGGUUGAUAUCCCCUUGCUGGUGGCGGUGGUGGACUCAAGGCUCAUGACCCAGAUCGGGUUCGAGCAGACAGCUGCCGCGGCGGCAGUAGCGGCGGCAGCAGCAGGAGCAGGGGGCGGCAGCAACGGGGGAAGCGGCGGCGGCGCCGCGGGUGCCGCUGCCGCUGGCGCGGCAGCGGUAGGGGCAGGGGCAGCGGGUGUGGUGACUAGGGCGGGCUCGGCGACCAAGCGGGCUGCCAGUGCGGGGCGGCCGCUGUCGCCGGCGGGAAGCGGCCUGGGGGCGUCGGCGGCGUCGGCGGCGUCAGGGCCAGGGGCGGGGGCGGGGUCAGCGGCGGCAAGCCCCGCUGCUGCUGCUGCACCGGCUGUGCCGGUGGCGCUGGUGGUGGAUGAGCGGAUUGUGCCGCCGAGCGUGGGCGUCGGCGCGGUGCCGCAGCGGCCGCCGCCGCCGCCCUUUGGGGCGACGUCGCCAGGCGGCGCGGGGCAAGCGGGUGCGACACGCUGGGGUUCAGGGGAAGCGCCGCUACCGCACCACCCGCCGCCAGCAGCAGUAGGAGCUGCAGCACCCGCGGUGGCGGUGGCGAGGCCCUCGGGUGGGGGUGCGGCAGGCGCCGCGGCAGGCGGCGUGGCCGGACCGGCGGACGUGGAGUCGUCCUACCCGCUGCUGCAGCCGCCGGGCGCGGCGGCGGGGGUUCGAGCGGGGCCGGAGCUGAGUGCUGAGGUGCCGCCGCAGCAGCACCACGGCUUGCGCGUCAGUGGCAGUGGCGGCGGCGCUGCCGGCGGCGGCCGUUGACCAAGCGCCGCUGGUGCCGGGUGACAGAUGCGAUGUGACGGAUUGCGAAGGCCAUUAGCUGUCUAAACAGGCCGCAGCGCUCGGGCGGCGGCGCGCAUUGGAUGGUUGUGUACUGCGGCGGGUAUUUUUUCAAUGUAACAAAGACAGGAAUCCGGAAGAGCGGACGGGCGUGAGGUAAUUCAGCAGCUUUAAGGAGAAUUGUUUGAUGUUCCGGUGCAGUCAUCGGAAGGAGCACGGCAGGGGCGCGCCUCCACAACAUGCAGACUUGAUUGUUGUUAUAUAUGCAGAAAUGGCUGUGUUUAGGCAGGAUUGCCGGCGCCGUGAGCGAGCAUGCCGCAUUGUACGAUGGGUGCCGUGGGAGCUGAGUGCUGUGCGGUACGGUAGCUGAGGGAAGGGGCUGAUGACGGACUGAUCGCGCUGUACAUGAGCCACCACGGCACAAACCAGAGGGUUCGUGACGGCUUCAUGCAUGUGGUGCGGAAGGCGUGGCAGUCUUGGUGAUCGCGUUGGACGGGCGGUGCGGGAUGGUGCGGUAUGUGCUGACGCCAUGCCCAGAUGCACGUGUGACACUGCAGGUGCUUUCAGUGGUUGAUCCGUAAAAUUGCACGCGUGAGGCUGAGGCGUGUGGAGCGUCGGCGUGGCCGCUGCGCCUGCAUGCGUUGAUGUUGUGCGAUGUGGGGGGUAAGCGUCUGUGGGCUGGUGUGCCUCCCUACCCCAACAAAACGGUUCCAUGUCGGGUGUGUCGUGUAGGGUCGUGUCGUGGCCUGUUGGGCGAGCACGCAGUUGCGGCCCGUUGCGGCCAGGUGGAGGGCAUGCAGGGUGUUCGUGUGCUGCACUGCUGUCUGCUGCGGCUUGUGGUGGCGCGGUGCGUUGCGGUGACAUGACCCGAAUUAUCUCAUCACCUGCUGGCUGUGGGGCUGUCCGCAUCGGGUGCACCGGUCGCCGGUAGCACUGGAGUGAGUCUGUGACAGACUGACAGCAGUCAGUGGACAGUGGCUGACUGCUGCGUUAGGAGCCGUACGAUGCAUGUGUUGUGCAUGUUCCCAUGAAUAGUAUGGCUGAGUGUACGGUACAAGUGUUGUUAGCUGGUGCCGGUGCGCAUGCGGGCAAAAGUUCCUCGCUACUGCAUUCAUGCAAGU